GCUGGGGCACGUGACCAGAAGGAAGCAGCUCAAUCCCAUUACAGGAUGGGAAAACUAUUCUUUGGGCAAAAGGAGCCAGAAGCUGGAGCUGUGAGCGCUGUUGGGAGAAGCCUGGAACAUCAAGACUUGGAGAAACAGUGGCAACGUGGCAAAAGCUUGUGGGCCCUCAGUUGCAGCACUGCCUGGGCAGGAGAGGAGCUGUCUGCAGCAGCCUAGUUUCCCCAUGGCUGAGGCACUGAGGCCUCGUGCCUCGAUGCAUGCCUGAGACCCCCAGGGAUCCUCUGGAAGAGACUAGUCCUGGAAGGACAUCGACAAGCUGGACUGUAUCGAAAGGAAGGCAAACAAGAUGGUAGCCAUCAUGAUUUCCUGGGUAUUCUUAGCCUGGGCCAUCCCCUGUGCUGCCAACCAACUCCUCAGUGCCUUCACCCAAGGGGAACUCCAGAAUGACCCCCCAAGGCUCAUCUGCAGCAUUCCAGGGCCCCAAGGUCCUCCUGGCCUCCCAGGAGCCCCAGGACCUUCAGGAAUGGUGGGCAGGAUGGGCUUUCCAGGCAAAGAUGGGCAGGAUGGGAAGGAUGGAGAAAAGGGCGAGACUGGAGAAGAAGGUGCACGGGGCCGAAUAGGGAACCCAGGGAAGCCAGGACCAAAGGGCAAAGCGGGGGCUAUCGGACGAGCCGGUCCCAGGGGUCCCAAGGGAAUCAGUGGAACCCCAGGAAAACACGGUGCCAUGGGGAAGAAGGGGCCCAAGGGGAAGAAGGGGGAGACAGGGAUGCCGGGGCCCUGCACCUGCGGUGCUAACAGGGCCAGGUCUGCAUUCUCAGUGGCUGUCACCAAGAGCUACCCCAGGGAGAGGCUGCCUAUCAAGUUUGACAAGAUCCUGAUGAAUGAAGGUGGCCAUUACAACGUGUCCAGCGGCAAGUUUGUCUGCGGCUUUCCUGGCAUCUACUACUUCACCUACGACAUCACUCUAGCCAACAAGCAUCUGGCCAUCGGGCUGGUGCACAACGGACAAUACCGGAUCCGGACGUUUGACGCCAACACUGGGAACCACGAUGUGGCAUCUGGCUCCACCAUCUUAGCCCUGAAGCAGGGAGAUGAGGUGUGGCUGCAGAUCUUCUAUUCGGAGCAGAAUGGACUCUUCUAUGAUCCUUACUGGACAGACAGCCUAUUCACCGGCUUCCUCAUCUAUGCUGACCAGGAUGGUCCCAAUGACUUGUAGAAGGUGCUAAUGGGAAAGGGAAACCAUUGCCCAGAGGAAGGGGGCCAGUGAGCACCAAUCUCAGGCUGGGCUUUGCAAAGGCCCCUUGGGAUGCAAUGAGCAUUCCAUGUUCUUGCUGAGUUAACUAAUUCCCUCUGCAUCUUGUCUCCCACACAUUAAACGUGAGCAUUUGAGUAGUU